AGACAAAAUCGUGCAAUUCAACAGCGCAUUUCGUCAGACUCAGUAUGGCCUCUGCUGUAAGAGCAGGGACGUAUUGUGUUCUGUUUGUUUUGUUGCUAACUGUAACCGUAACGUCAUCGUCAGACGGAACCGUUAUUCCCUGCCGCAGGAAUCCCCUAAGACCGUGUCAGUGCGUGCUGCAAGACCGGACAGUAUUCGACAUUGGAAACAUUUUUGCCAACAAAUUUCCUGUACUGAUCGAUGGUCCACCGACUCCUCCUGAUGUUGACGGUCACAGCUAUGGAUACAGCCCUUGCGAGCCACUCGGCAACUGUAUGCAGUGGGCCAAAGUCGAUAACGUGUCUGUGUGUGUAUAUUAUCCUCGUGGAUGGGGAGCAGCUUGGUGGUUUAACUAUCCUCUUGGAACGACCACCUCAGCCAACUACACGAUUUACCAAAUGAAAACGAAUGAAAUUGCAGCAAACGUAACAUACUCAGAUUUGUAUGGGUCCACCCACGUCUCAUUUGUCUAUAAUGCCACUGCUGAUCAGCCUGUUAUGAAGUGGAUCAAGUCAAUAAAGCUUGCUACAACACCUUAUUUUCAAGUCGAGAGCAACAAAGUGAAGCUAACAGAAGUGUGAAACUUGAUACAACUAACAGUCAGUUGAUAUCAAUGAGAUUAGAGUAGAUGGAAUUCACUGUACAUGUACUUCUAGUAGGUUGGAUCACAUGUCUGUUGUUUUGCAGUGAAAGAUGUUAACAAUUUGAAAUUGAUUCCAUAUUGUAUUGUUAA